AUGUGCGACGUGAAUCUAGGCAGCUUUAUUUUAGUGGCUUGUUUCGCGGCCACUGAAUUGUUGUUGCAGCCAAGAAGUUACAUGUUCAGUGACAACACUACCCACACAGCUUACAGUUGUGCCUCUGGAACCAACCUCAGCUCCAUUGCUACCAGCCAAACUGAUUGCUGUCUUACAUGUCUCACCAAUGCACAGAUGAAUUCCUUGGCAAAAAAUUAUUAUCCGACAGAUGGCAGUCUGGAAACAUUUUUUGUAAACCUUCCAAAGGACAUGAACGAGCCUUCAAAUUCUGUUCACGGCUCUACUACUGGAUGUACAAACAACAAACUGGAUCGACCUCCUUAUGUACCAGGUAGGCUCACCUUCAUCAUCAACAUCGCGGCCACUGAAUUGUUGUUGCAGCCAAGAAGUUACAUGUUCAGUGACAACACUACCCGCACGGCUUACAGGUGUGCCUCUGGAACCAACCUCAACUCCAUUGCUACCAGCCAAACUGAUUGCUGUCUUACAUGCCUCACCAAUGCACAGAUGAAUUGCUUGGCGGGGAAUUAUUAUCCGACAGAUGGCAGGUGCGAAAUUUUUGAAGUCUAG